AUGGUGAAGCUUGGCAUGUGGCUUCAGAAGCGAGAGGCUCUAGCAGUGACCAUCGGUCGACUGUCUCGGUGGCCCGUGCAGCUGCAUCUGGAGUCCACAGUUGAGUCCACACGCCUUGCGAGGGAAAUAGAGGCUGUGCUUCUCAUCAAGGAGCAGGUUGGUUCCUGGACCACUCUCCAAAACAAGCAAAACCCAAAAGGCCAGCUAGGGGAAUUCUGGGGCACACGCUUUGUGCCCCAGGAAGAGAAGCAAGUGUGCACGCAGAUCCACCGAGCCGGCCCCGCCCCGCCCCAGCCCCUCCCACACCGCGGCGACUUCCGGUCCCGCCCCGCGGCCCGCUUCCGGCCCCGCCCCGCGGCCGGGCUGUCGUCACGUCCGCCUCCCUCUCGCCUGCCGUCUCCUCGGCGCGGCUUGCCCGGAGUUAGUCGUCGGCUGCGCUCAGUCCGCGGGAACCAUGGUGAGCCCGGCUUUCCGGCCCCGGCCCCGGCCCCCGCCCCGCCCGGGCCGCGGCUGCCGUGCGGCCGGCCCCUGCGCCGCCUGGCCCGCCUGGCCGGCCGCACAUGGCCGGGCCGCCGACCAAAGCCCGCCCUCGGCGGUCAGGGGGGCCCGGCGACCCCCGCGCUCGCCCCGGGCCGCGCGGAGAAGCUUCUAGGACUCCUGGCAGCCCCGCCCUCCGCGGGGCCGGGGCGGGGCCCGGGAAGACGGAGGGUGGGCGGCCGCUGCCCGCCGCGGUACGUGACGGGCGCCCUGGAUGGCGUGCAAACCGAGUGUCCCCGGCUCCCUUUUCAGGCGUCCCUCUCCCUGGCCCCCGUGAAUAUCUUCAAGGCCGGAGCUGAUGAAGAGAGAGCCGAGACAGCUCGCCUGUCAUCCUUUAUCGGUGCCAUCGCCAUUGGAGACUUGGUGAAGAGCACUUUGGGACCCAAGGGCAUGGACAAAAUUCUUCUAAGCAGUGGACGAGAUGCCUCCCUGAUGGUGACCAAUGAUGGUGCCACCAUUCUAAAAAACAUUGGUGUUGACAACCCAGCAGCUAAAGUUUUAGUUGAUAUGUCACGGGUUCAAGAUGACGAGGUUGGUGAUGGCACUACCUCUGUUACUGUUCUGGCAGCAGAGCUACUCCGGGAAGCAGAAUCUUUAAUUGCAAAAAAGAUACAUCCACAGACCAUCAUCGCAGGUUGGAGAGAAGCCACCAAGGCCGCGAGAGAGGCGCUGUUGAGCUCCGCUGUGGACCAUGGUUCUGAUGAAGUCAAAUUCCGGCAAGAUUUAAUGAAUAUUGCGGGGACGACAUUAUCCUCAAAACUCCUUACUCAUCACAAGGACCACUUCACUGAAUUAGCUGUGGAAGCUGUUCUCAGACUGAAGGGCUCUGGUAAUCUGGAGGCCAUCCAUGUCAUCAAGAAGCUUGGUGGGAGUCUGGCAGACUCCUAUUUAGAUGAAGGUUUUCUGUUGGAUAAAAAGAUUGGAGUAAAUCAACCAAAGAGAAUUGAAAAUGCUAAAAUUCUUAUUGCAAAUACUGGAAUGGAUACAGACAAAAUAAAGAUAUUUGGCUCUCGGGUAAGAGUGGAUUCCACGGCAAAGGUUGCUGAAAUAGAACAUGCAGAAAAGGAAAAGAUGAAGGAGAAGGUUGAGCGUAUCCUCAAGCAUGGGAUAAAUUGCUUUAUUAACAGACAGUUAAUUUAUAAUUAUCCUGAACAGCUGUUUGGUGCUGCUGGUGUCAUGGCUAUUGAACAUGCAGAUUUUGCAGGUGUGGAACGCCUAGCUCUUGUCACAGGUGGUGAGAUUGCCUCCACUUUUGAUCACCCAGAGCUGGUGAAGCUUGGAAGCUGCAAACUUAUCGAAGAAGUCAUGAUCGGAGAAGACAAACUCAUCCACUUUUCUGGAGUUGCCCUUGGAGAGGCAUGUACCAUUGUACUUCGUGGUGCCACUCAGCAAAUUUUGGAUGAAGCUGAAAGGUCUUUGCAUGAUGCCCUUUGUGUUCUUGCCCAGACUGUGAAAGAUCCUAGGACAGUUUAUGGAGGAGGUUGUUCUGAGAUGCUGAUGGCUCAUGCUGUGGCAAAACUUGCCAGUAAAACCCCAGGAAAGGAAGCUGUAGCAAUGGAGUCUUUCGCCAAAGCACUGAGAAUGUUGCCAACCAUCAUAGCUGACAAUGCGGGCUAUGACAGUGCAGAUCUGGUGGCACAGCUCCGAGCUGCUCACAGUGAAGGCCGCACAACCGCUGGACUGGAUAUGAAGGAAGGUACCAUUGGAGACAUGGCAAUACUGGGUAUAACCGAGAGUUUCCAAGUGAAGCGACAGGUCCUCUUGAGUGCAGCUGAAGCAGCAGAGGUGAUUCUCCGUGUGGACAACAUCAUCAAAGCAGCACCAAGGAAACGUGUCCCUGAUCACCACCCCUGUUGAGCAUCCCCAUUUGCUGUUGCUCUCUGGACCAGUUCAUAGUGAAGUUACAUUUGACAGACUUCAGCGUUUUAAAGAAGACUGUGGAAUCUAUGUGUCCAUGAUAGCCUUAAGUUUGAACAUUUAGCUGACCUUCUGUUUUAAACGUGGGUCUAAUUUAUUUGCUAUUUCAUUUCCCAUACAAUUCAGUUGAUUUACAAGUUCAUUUCUCAGACUGUGUAUUAAAAUAAAAAUCCAGUUACUUAAAG